CUUAACUCCUUAACUCCUUAAUUCCCUAGAAGCCCCACUCACGAAGAGAUCUUGAGCAGACCAAGCGAUAUGUCAAAAUUCAUCAAUUUUCUGGUCAGACAAACUCCUAUCUACAGUUCAUAGAAUCUCUUAUCAUAUUCUUUGGUCAUUUACAGCUUAGUUGCUUCUAUUUCUGUUAAACGUUUUAACACCUUUAUGCGUUCUCCAUCUUCUUGCUAAUACUUUAGCUGUCUUUAACAUGUUACUUACUACAUGUGCACAGAACGUUCUAUCUAAGCGCUGUUAUCUUAGAGAUAAAAACCAUACAUUGCACUAUGUUUCAGAUGCAACAUCUCCGUGUGCCACAUCUAAGCAGCAUUAAUGUUGCAUACUACAUGCCGAAACUGUAUGACAGGUCAAAGGCAACCCUUGUUCUUAUUCAUGGCUUCAGCAUGUCCUCCCAUGUCUUUACCGGCCAUUUUCAAAGCCAAAAUUUGACCUCGGAGAUGAAUCUCCUCGGUAUCGAUGUUAUCGGUCAUGGCGAGACGAGAGUCAAGAACGAGACCUUUACUUAUUGGGAUACAGCCAUCAUGAUUGUCCAACUAUUGGACGCCCUCAGUAUCAACGAGGCAUUCAUACUUAGAACUAGCCACGGUGGAUGUAUUGCCGUUCGCACAUAUCUGAUCGCACCCAAGAAAGACGCAAUGGCAGGGUUUGAACCUCUGCUCAAAGCCUGGACUAGCUCAAUCCCCACUCCAGAUUUCGAGCUAGACGAUACCUACUGUAAUUUUGUUGUCGACGUCGACUUUGGCCACGACUGUCCGGAUACAUUGCGCGACUUCUGGAAACAAGCAAUGAAGAGCUACUACUCAGGAGAUGAUGGACGAAGGAAACUCAGGAUGGCGGCUAUAAAUCUACGAGACCGAGACAGCCUUCACGGCAGGCUUGCGUAUGUUCAUUGCCCAGUACUUUGGCUUCAAGGCACUGAAGACGCUGUGAAUACAGUGGCAAACGCGAAACAAGAGAUAGACCUGAUCCAGAACUCGUUGGAUGCUCGUUUACAGAUUAUAGAGGGAGGCUUACACGUUCUUAGCCACUCGCACCAAGAAGAGGUCGAACGCGCUGUAAGACAGUUUGUAGCGAUGCAUCACCGGGCUUAAUAUUGAUAUUGAAGAGACU